CACUCCCCGUGGCGCGUGCGCCUCCUGCGCUGGAGGUGCCAGCGCGGGAUCCCAGGACCAGAUCCCGGCGCCUCCAGCGGCUGCGAAGGGGCUUGGAGCGCGCUCCGGCGUCACCGUUUCAGCCACAGAAUCAACGUGAAGAUGAAUCGCUGCUCCCUGGUGGUGGAAUCAUGUUAUCCAGACUUGGUCAUCAAUGUGGGAGAAGUGACUCUGGGAGAAGAAAACAGGAAGAAAUUGCAGAAAAUUCAGAGAGACCAAGAGAAGGUGAGAGUUACACAGGCCGCAUGCGCUUUACUAAACUCAGGAGGAGGAGUGAUUUGGAUGAAAUUGGCAAACAACGAUGAACAUCUUGUGGAGAUGGGGUUAGAUUUGGAAAAGUCUUUGAGAGAGCUUGUUCCGUCCCCACAUUUUGAAGCUUUCUUUGAGACCAAACAAGAAGGGAGGUGUUUUUACAUUUUUGUCAAGUCCUGGAGCAGUGACAUUUCCACUGAAGACAGUUCUGUCAGACCCCGCAUUUGCAGCUUGAGUUCUUCGCUGUACCGUAGAUCGGGCACCUCUGUGUUCAUCAUGGAUUCAAGAAACGCUUUCGACUUCCUGAAGGCCAAGAGACGGGAUGCAGAAUGUGAAAUGAUUAAUGACUUCUCUCCACCUAGUAAAAUGUCCAAAACUGUGUAUCAGAACAGUUCUGAAUUCGAUCUUGCUUUUGAAAUUUUCCAACAGUUGAUCAUAUGGGAAUCCAUUUCAGCCACAGAAUCAACGUGA